AUGCUCCCGCACUUCCUCCCUCCUCUCACCCACAGCCUCCUGAUGAAGAGGAGGAAGUUUCUUUACCACUUCAAAAACGUGCGCUGGGCUAAGGGCCGCCAUGAAACCUACUUGUGCUACGUGGUGAAGCGACGGGAUAGCGCCACCUCCUUCUCACUGGACUUUGGGCACCUUCGAAACAAGGCGGGAUGCCACGUGGAAUUGCUCUUCCUCCGCUACAUCUCCGACUGGGACCUGGACCCCGGGCGGUGCUACCGUGUCACCUGGUUCACGUCUUGGAGCCCCUGCUACGACUGCGCGCGGCACGUGGCCGACUUCCUGAGAGGGUACCCCAAUCUGAGUCUGAGGAUCUUCACAGCGCGCCUCUACUUCUGCGACAAGGAACGCAAGGCGGAGCCCGAGGGGCUGAGGCGGCUGCACCGCGCUGGGGUCCAAAUCGCCAUUAUGACCUUCAAAGAUUAUUUUUAUUGCUGGAAUACUUUUGUGGAAAAUCAUGAAAGAACUUUCAAAGCCUGGGAGGGGCUGCAUGAAAAUUCGGUUCGUCUGUCCAGACAGCUUCGACGCAUCCUUUUGCCCCUAUAUGAGGUUGAUGACUUACGAGAUGCAUUUCGUACUUUGGGACUUUGAUACCAACCUUCAAGAAUGUCACAUACAAAGAAAUACCUCUGAAGACAGUGGGUAAAAGAACUAUCCUUCAAGAAUUCUGUUUUUCUUCAACUCUCACUUUCUCUGAGUUUAGAAAAAAGUAUUCAUAGAUGUUUUUAAAACGUCUUGAAAAUAGAAGGAACCCAGACCCACCAGGGUUAAUGCCGCAACUGGUGCAGUUUUUAAAUGCAGCAUCGCCCCCUACUGGGAAACGACAGAACUGCAGGGCCUGGGAGCCCCUAAGUGUCAAUACUCUGCCAUUUAAGCAGAGAGAAAGCAGAAGGUAAAUACUGAGGAGCAUGGUGAGAGGAUCAAAUGUUUUAUAACCGGUAUCCUUUAUUAUUUGAUUCUUGUUCUGAGUUUUCAGUGGUAUUAAUGAUAAAUUUUUCUACUCUUUUCCAUUGGGGCUCACUUUCAAGUGAACAAAAUUCUGUCACCCUGUGAUCCACAGAACUUCCUAAUGAGAGAACCUGGGUGAUUGUAACCCCAAGCCACCUCUUCAAAGCAUUAAUAUCCAAGCAUGUGUUGCAUGUUUUAAUUGUCUGAAGUAUGUUUUUAUGUUUGUACGUACAGAGGAUUUUUUCUUGGUAUGGAAAAUGCCUGGUCACCUUUAGGCUCUUGUAUAAUAAAGGAUCUUAAAAUGAAUUUGAGGGCUGUGAAGAAGACACACUAAAAGUGAAUGUAUACCUCAAGUAACAAAUCUGCAAAAAAGAUCCUUUUAAGGGCUUCCCUGGUGGUGCAGUGGUUAAGAAUCUGCCUGCUGAUGCAGGGGACACGGGUUCAAGCCCCGGUCCGGGAAGAUCCCACAUGCCGCAGAGCAACUAAGCCCGUGCACCACAACGACUGAGCCUGCGCUCUAGA